AUGUCAAGUGCUCAACAAGAAUUCUCCCAUGCCCAAGCCCAAGGCCAGACUCAGGGUAAGGCAGAAGAAUGGGUUCAAUCCACCAAGGAAUCCGCCUCUGCAGCUGCCGAGCAUGCUCAGGUAACUGCUGGGCACGUUGCUGACCGUGUUCAUGCAGCCAAUCAGCAGGCUCAUGCACAUGCUGAAGAGGCGGCCGACCGCGCUCAUUCAACUACCGGACAGCAUGCCCAGGCAGCUACUGGACAGGCUGCUGACCAUGCCCACUCAGCUGCUGGACAGGCUGCCGAGCAUGCUCAUGCAGCAGCUAACACAACUGGACAGACUGCUGAAAAAAACAAGGAGGAAGCUGCUGGUUUUCUCCAACAGACUGGAGAGCAAGUGAAGAACAUGGCUCAUGGUGCUGUGGAGACCGUGAAGCACACCCUUGGAAUGGACAAGAAGUGA